UUGGCGUCCUGUCACAAAAUGUUUCCCCUAACUAUUGCGGGAAGUCAGUUGCUUGUCUGUUUGCGCACAUGAUGUUUCGUCGUAUUGUUUGAUUUGUGUUUUUGGCAUCGCUCGAGUUGUAACGUAACAUUAACGUUAGUUAAUCACAAAUGGAUUCCAGGGUCUCUGAAAAUAAGAUGUCUCGCUCCUUGAGACGAUCGAAAAGGCAGUCAUCAGGUAGCGUUAAAGUAACGUUAUUGAGUUUUGAGCCGACCCCCAGGGGCCCUUUAAAGAGGACCAAAAAAGGGUCAGAAAACCAAGCUCCUGUUGAAGUCAAUCCUGUCAAUGGAUCCAGAGAUAUGGAGAAUGCCUCAGACGAUGAAGAGUCCCCUAGCAAGAAGAGGCGGCUGGAGACUGGAGGAGCAAUGGGCGGCAGUGGUGAUGACAAUGAGAUGGAUGUCCAUGAAUCAGUCGAAGAUCUAGAGGAAAAUGAAGACCAGGAAAUGGAUACUAGGCAGGAUUCCUCUCAUGACACUCAUCAACCAAAAAUAUGCCAAGGCGGCCUUGGAGAUGUGAAUUUAUCCCCUCUUGUAGUGCUUGGUGAACGCUGCCGAUCCAGUCAGGCUGUAAAUGAAGAUGCAGACUGGAUGAAAACCAAGAGAGUAAAACCAUCAAUAAAAGGACAUGUAGACCCCACCAAGUCUGCCACACAAAUCAGAUCACCGGCGAACAGACAUAAUGUAGAGAUUCCUAAGAUCACCAGCAUGGCCGAGUACAAGACGACGAUGCAGGCCAAAGCCAAGAGCUCUGGUAUAACAGUUAACCACCAUGUCUCAAGCGGGUAUCCAGCCUCGGAAAAAUCAUACACAACACGACAACGUGUGAAUAACAUUCUGACACAAAAAGAAACUGUUCAGCAAAAACAAAAAGAAGGGAUAAAGAAAAAUGCUGUUAUCAAGAGAAGCUCUGGAUAUUCCUCUAGAGGAUUCAUGUGGUAUUUCUGGCGCUUGGUUCUCCUGGUGCUGUUCAGCGCUGCUCUCUUGCUGGCAUACAAGAUCAUCCCUGCACUCCAAAGGACUACAGGUGGUGGAAAGCAUCCGUUCGGGGUUGUAAAGCCAGAAAAGUUUGCAGAUCACUUGUCUCUUCUUGAGAUUCAGUUCCCCAGUCAGCGGCCUGAGUUGUGGAAAAGGAGCAAGAUCCACCUGGGGAAGCACCUCAAAACAGCCCAUCCUACUGAGCCAGUCAGUCUUAUCUUUACUGCUGGCCACAGGGCUGAGAAGACACUGCACUGCCUGGCUCAGGGGCUCGCCUCCUCCUUCUCGUCUGCCCUCAACGCCUCGGUCCUCCACAUCGAUGGAGCCAGUAAAGCCAGCCAGGACAGCGAAGAGGUGAAGCUGGACAUCGACACCCAGUUGCAAGCAGCUUUUGAAGGAGACAAACCAGUGGCUGUAAUUCAUCGCUUCGAAGAGUUGCCUCCAGGCUCCACCCUAAUUUUUUAUCGCUACUGCGACCAUGAGAACGCUGCAUACAAGCGGGUGUUCUUGUUGUUUACUGUGCUACUGCCUCAAGAUGAGGUCAGGGAUGAGCAGAGUCUGAAGGAAGUGGAGGAGAUGGUGCAAGACUAUCUCAAGGAAAGGCUGGUGGACUCCAGCCACCAAACUGCCUUCAAUGAGAUGGACGCUGACAAGUACAGUGGACUGUGGAGUCGCAUCUCCCAUGUUAUCUUGCCUGUGGUGUCUGAGAAGGAAAUAGAGCAUAAAGGAUGCAGAUGAACCAAGCUGGCAUCAAAGAGGAAGUCUGGUUACCACUUUGGACCAGCCUGAUCCUUCUUGGCACUGUGCAGGAGCUAUGAAACUGAGAAGGAACAUGUAAAUAUAAAGUGUGUGCUGUUAUAUUUCACAUAUAGACUUGAGUUCAAAUGUUUGAAGGUUGUAUUAAUCUCUCUCUGAGAUUGUUUUCAAGCUGCAGUCCAGAGUUUUUACAUAUAUGCAUACAUGUACAGGCUUUGCAUAAGGAUGUAACAGUGGUGCUGCACUAUCAUUCCACUUCCAAAGAAGGGUAUGAAAUGCAUAUUCUCAUGCAGAUUCAGCACACAAUAUACAAGAUAUAGUUUGAUUGCGACAGCGCUUUGUCCAACAGCUUUUUAACAGACAUUUCCCAUCGAAGAAGAGUUUUUGGUGAAUGAUCAGCAUGGAUUACUCUGGAUCCUUCUUUGGGACUAGACAGCUUUUGGACAUCUUUGAUUUAGGAGGAAAUCCAUAUCUCUUGUUCUGUAUCAAAUCUCCCAGACAACUGAUGGCUUACUUGUGUACAAAAUUGGUUUGUUUUUGCACAAAAAAUGUUUGAUUUUGUUUGAACUAUCCAUCUCAUAAAGAGUACUGGCUUUUAGUAAGAUACAUAUUUUAUAUUCUUUUUCUGAAUAUGUAUAUUUGUGAUAUGUUGUCUCUUUCCAAGAUUUGAAUAUUUUUUGAUAGCUGUAUGUAUGUAUGUAUAUAUAUAUAUUGAAUAUAAAAAGGUUUGUUUUUUGCACCUGUUGUCAAAAAAACACUGAAAUAUACUUAAGUAUUGUGAAUUUAGAAACAUACAGGUUCUCACAAAGUGAUUUGAAUUUAUAAAAAUAGUUUGACUAAAUAUUAGCCAGCAAGUCACAAAAUGUGCCUUAAACACUCAUGAAGAAUAUCAGACUAUAUUUGAAAUGUACCAACACACUCAUCAAUCAUUUGAUACUGUUUCUUGACAACAUCAGAACCCAAACAAGGUUUCUUGCAGGUAGAUUUUUCUGAUUCGUGCAAAUUUGAAUUUCAAAAUACAGGAAAGUGUUCUGAGUGUACCUGAUCUUUUUCAAUAAAGAUAGUUUUGAUAACUAGAAGACUUAA